CCCAGAGCUUCCUUUGCUUCGAGGUGACGAGCAAUCUGCCUGCCUGUUGCUAGAACCUUCAUUCAUCAACAAACGCACUUUGAGAUUGACGUGUCUUUUUAUCUUGCUUCAAUCCCCUCUAAAUUUGACAAAGCUCCUCAUAAAUCUGCGACUUCUGAAAACUUGAUCAACACACAUCUCUACUACCCCGCCUUCAAUCGUCAACAUGGCAGACCACGAAGCCCAGAUCGUGGAGUUUGCAGGCCUGAGCGGCGCAAGCCCUGAAGAGGCCAGACAGUAUCUUGAAGCCCACAACUGGGAUCUCGCCGAGGCCAGCAAUGCUUGGUUCCGUGAUGCCGAAGAUGAUAACCGCGACACGUCCACAGCUCCCGCUGCCGCUCCUGACAACUACACGGGCCCUCGAACCCUCGACGGUCGACCAGCUCCAGAGGCUGCCCACAGCAGCCAACCGACUCGCAAACCUGCCGCAUCACAACAGAAGAAGAGGGGGAUUGCUACUCUAGGAUCUCUCGGUAGCUCAUCCCACCAACACGAUCAUGGUGAUGACGAUGAUGAUGAUUUCGACGGCGAAGACGAUGAUGGACGAGGAAACCUGUUUGCCGGUGGUGAGAAGUCUGGAUUGGCUGUGCAAGAUCCGCACCAGGAGGGCGGUCCCAAGAAGAUCAUCAGUGACAUUCUCGCCAAGGCACGAGCCAACGCUCAACGCCCCGAAGCCGAGAAUGAGGCUGGCCCUUCUGAGCCCAGUCGCUUCCGGGGAACUGGACAGACACUCGGCGGAGAUGGUGUCGAGAGCCGCAGCAUUCCUGAUCCUCUCGGCCCAGCUCGCUCUUCAAACGCCGAACCUCAAGAACGAGUUCUUCACAUCUGGCAAGAUGGUUUCAGCAUCGAUGACGGUGACCUUCGCCGAUUUGACGAUCCCGCAAACCAAGCCGACCUCGCCCUGAUCCGAGCUGGUCGCGCACCUCUUCACCUCAUGAAUGUGCAGCAUGACCAACCCAUCGAUGUCAAGCUUCACCAGCACGACACACCAUACCAGCCACAACCCAAGAAGUACAGACCUUUCGGUGGCUCUGGUCAGCGACUUGGAGCUGUUGUCCCUGGUGUUGAGGGCUCAAGCUCUUCCCCUGCCCCUGCUGCUUCUUCCGCCGCUCCGUCGUCAUCCAAUGCUCCAACUGUCGAUGAUGCUCAGCCCACAAUCAUGAUCCGAAUCCAGAUGCCCGAUGGUACACGCCUACCUGCUCGUUUCAACACCACCCACACUAUCGACGAUGUCUACGGUUUCGUACAGGGAGCGUCACCAGACACACGAUCCAGAUCAUGGGUUCUUUCCACAACAUUCCCCAACAAGGACCAUACCGAUCGCAGCAUGGUUCUUGGCGAGAUGCCCGAAUUCAAGAAGGGUGGUACUGCUGUUGUCAAGUGGACUUAGAUAGGGAAAAAUCGGCGUUGAGGUUGAUUUACGGACUGGCCAACAAAUGCAGAUGCUAGCAUUGACUUAUAGAGGUCAUGGAUAGAAUCACAGAUAGCUAAAAUGCGAA